GCUAGGCGGCAGCAGCUCAUGAACAGGGCUACGUCCGACUGCUCUUAGAGUAGAAGAAGGUCCACUUCAUAGCAAGCUGCCGGAACUUGGAGCUGUAAACAACAUCAGGAUAAUAAAAAUAAGGAUGCCGUUUCAGUUCUGCCCUCAAUGUGGGACGAAGCUGCAAGCGGAUUUCCGAUUCUGCCCGUCUUGUGGCGAGAAGUUUCCGGCUCCAGCGGGGGCGGGACCAUCGGGAGACGACACAAGCUGUGGUUCUGGAGAGAGUUCGGGCAGUUUCUCUCCCGUCUCCGUCUCCUUCUCCGUCUCCCCCCGGCCUCCUCUGGGGUCGCCGCGUUGCUAUACCAUUCGGGGGAAACGUCCCGCAGAAGAUCCAGCUCCCCUCCAGGAUGCCUCUCCUGUCCUCCCCAAGGGGGGGAGAGCCAGAGGCAAGACACCAACUGCCCUCAAACAGAAAGAUGGGAUGGAGGGUCUGAACGCCCCGCCGGCCAAGAAGGCCCCAACGCCAGUUAAAGGAAGGGGCAGGUCAGUGUGUGAGCGGCAGGUGGAGGAAAAGGAGACCUCAGCAGACAACUUCUCGACCUCCCCCUCCCCGUUCUUCAGGACCUCCCCCGGAGGGGACCCCAGCCCGGGGCCUAAGCCCGCCCAGACGUCCCCUCAGAAGGAGAGCUGGGUCGUACGUCACAAUCACAUCCGCCGGGGGUCGAAGGCAAAGUCAAGGAGCGGCAAGCGCGUGUCUGCUGUGAUACCGCUGCAGGAAGAGGAGGAGCUUACAGACACGGCGUGCAGGAAGUGGAGGCUGGGGAAGCUGCUGAGUCAGACGGAGACGGACCUGGUCUACGAAGCCUUCGCCUCCAACUCUAAGGAAUCCAAACACAUUCUCAAACUGGGCGCUAAAGACGGUCGGAUCUUCAACGAGCAGAACUUCCUGCAGCGCGCUGCUAAAGUCUCAUCAAUGGAAAAGUGGAUCAAAAGCAACAGGCUGGACUUCCUCGGACUGCCCCCCUGUGUGGGCUUCGGUCUCCAUGCACUCCAAUACAGGUUUCUGAUCUUCCCCAGCAUGGGCCAGACCCUGCAGUCCAUCCUGGAGAGCCAAGCCACACUCCCGUCCGAGAGAACGGUUCUCCAGCUGGCCUGCAGGAUCCUGGACGUUCUGACCUUCAUCCACUCCAACGAGUACGUUCACGGGGACAUCAACGCUGAGAACAUCUACAUCUCGACGGAGGACCCCUCCCAGGUGUUCCUCACUGGCUACUCCCACGCCUUCCGCUACUGUCCCGGGGGCCAGCAGGUGGAGUACCGUGAGGCCAGCCGCACGCCACACGAGGGCGCUCUGGAGUACAUCAGCGUGGACGCCCACAAGGGGGCAGGGCCUAGCCGACGCAGUGACCUGCAGAGCCUGAGCUACUGCCUGCUGCACUGGCUCACGGGCACGCUGCCCUGGGACUCAACCAGCGACCCGCAGACCAUCUGCACACAGAAGCAGAGGUUCCUAGAGGACGUUCCCACUCUGCUCAGCAGCUGCUUCGGGGAGAAGAGAGUCUCCAGUGUGGUGCAGCAGUAUGUAACCCAGGUGAUGGCUCUGGGAUACACAGACACACCUGACUACCCUGCCCUUAAGGCAUGCCUGAAUGACGGCCUGCUGGCGCAAGGGGGCGCCCUGGAGCAGCCGUUCAGCGCCGUGACUGCUUCCUACCGCUAGGGGGCGCCCUGGAGCGGCCGCUCAGCUCCGUGUUGGCCUCCUGCCCUGUGGCCACUGAUGAAACUGUUUCGGAUUCAGAACGCUACGUGACUUAAAUACCCGUCUCUUUAUUGUUGUUGAGGAAAGGCACUGAACGGGAUUUUAAAUUAAUACUGGUUUUAGAGUGAAGUUUAAUUUAAAAGUGUGUCAUAUCGUUUCGUUUUACCGGUUGAAUACGUUUUACCAGGAUGACUACUAUCUAGUUGAACUUGAUUUUCAUACACUUUUCAAAUGUUUUUUCCACUGUAGUGUCACUGUUGUUGUUUACAAUACAGUCGUUUACGUCCAAAUGCACUUGGGAAGGGUGACACACUGGAUUAUAAUGUGUUCUAAAUCCUUCACUUAGUUCACCUUUGACUCGUGGAUGAGAUAGUGUGCUGAUGUUUUACUGUUAUUAAUUUUAGGUGCACUUGUUCAAAUAUACAUGUAGCUUUAUGUUUUGUUCUCAAUUUUUUCUAACUUGAUUUUUGUGCUUUGUUAAGUGCUGAAUAUCGUCACAAUAGGUUAUACAUACAAUGCAUUUACAACACGUUAAAACCCACCACAUACACCUCACCGGGAUUGGCUGAAAAGCUAACGGUAAUUUCUCAUGCUUUAGCCUGGAGGCCUUCAUGUCGUGACCUCCCCUGGCAGCGGGGUGGCGCCAGUGUUUCACGUCUUCACAUUUCAUGCGCCAUACUUACAAACAAUACAAACGCUCUCUUUUUUUUUUAUGAAAUCUUUAUAUUUUUAAACAAACAUUAUAUUGACAUUUAAAACCAUAUACACUUUUGUUGACUAUGAAAAUGUAAAUCUCAUGUUUGCAAUUCAGAAAAUAAACAACGUCCUCUUGGCCUGAGUUCCCGCUCUUCAUUCGGUCUUACCGGGUCUCUUAGUGAGGAGCUUAU